AUGCGGACACACGCCUCGCUGGAGAAGGAUGAGGAGAUCAACAGCGCCGCCUGGGUUGCUGCCAGAGGCGCCGCUGUCGGCGCUGCCAAGUGGGGCAUCGCUUCCGCAGUUCUAGGUGGUGCAGGCUACGUCUUCAGCCCUAUAUACCGCGGCCUCACCAUCCAAUUCAAAGUAUUUCUCCAAAUGUCGGGGAUGAUCUUCGGAAGCAUUGUCGAAGCCGAUCGUCGUUUGAUUGCCCACGAGCAAAUUGUGCGUGCCCAAAAGCGGCUUGCCAGAGACGCUGAAGUAUGGCGUCGGUACGAGGAGGAAUUCGAGGAAUUGGGCACGCCAGGUGUUGGUGCGGAGAGUAAAGUGAGCAAUCAGAGCCAGCAGAAAUGA